AUGGGUUUCCAACUCACAUUGUUACUAUUCAUUGUGUUUGUUAUAGGAUUCUCAAAUGCUAACCAUCUAAACUUGUUCAACACCUUUAAAUCAGUUUUCAAACCAAAAGCCAAUAACACGACAUGGGCCGUUCUGGUUGCCGGUUCAAAUGGAUACGAAAACUAUCGUCAUCAGGCAGACGUUUGUCAUGCGUAUCAAAUCCUUAAAAAAGGCGGGUUAAAGGAUGAAAACAUAAUUGUGUUUAUGUAUGAUGAUAUUGCAAACCAUCCAGAAAAUCCUAGGCAUGGUACCAUAAUUAACAGCCCCCAAGGGUCAGAUGUGUACGCUGGUGUGCCAAAGGAUUAUACAGGAAAAAGUGUGACCACCUCGAAUUUCUAUGCUGUGCUUCUUGGCAACAAAACCGCGGUGAAAGGUGGAAGCGGGAAAGUGCUGGCUAGCAAACCUAAAGACAGGAUCUUUGUGUUUUACGCCGAUCAUGGCGGCCCUGGAGUACUUGGGAUGCCGAACAUGCCUAAUCUCUACGCUAAUGAUUUCAUCAAUGUUUUAAAAACAAAGCAUGCGAGCGGAACAUAUGAUGAGAUGGUGAUAUAUGUGGAAGCAUGUGAAAGUGGAAGUAUUUUCCAAGGUUUGUUACCAAAAAAUCUGAACAUUUAUGUGACAACUGCCGCGAAUCCGUACGAGAAUAGUUGGGCCACAUAUUGUCCUGAUAUAGGAGAACCUACAGUACCUCCAGAGUUUUACACUUGCUUAGGUGACUUAUACAGUGUUUCAUGGAUGGAAGACAGUGACUUGGAAGAUUUGAGGCUUGAAACCUUGGAACAACAAUACUUGAAUGUAAAGAAGAGGAUUGCGAUUGACAAGGUGACAGGCUUCGGAUCUCAUGCAAUGCAAUACGGUACCCUAAGCAUAAGCAAAGAGACUAUAUCAAAUUAUCAAGGUUCCGCUCCUAGGACAAUCUCUACGGAUCGAUUUCAAACACGUGACUCCAUGGGUGUUAUCGACCAAAGAGAUGCGGAUCUUUAUUCGAUGUGGCAAAGGUACAAGAAAUCAGCUGAAGAAACACAACAGAAGGAAAACCUACUCCAGAAAAUCAAGGAAAUAACGGCAUAUAGGGCACAUUUGGAUAGCAGUGUCGAUAUGAUCAAACGGUAUUUAUUAGGCAGUGGAGAUGGACCAGUGAGAGGUGACAGAUCGGCCCUUGUGGAUGAUUGGGACUGUCUGAAAUUUAUGGUUCGAACAUUUGAGACACACUGUGGAUCCUUGACUCAGUAUGGCUUGAAACAUACUCGAACAUUUGCAAACAUAUGCAACAAUGGUGUUACGAAGAAGGCCAUGGAUGAAGCUUCAAAGAAAUCGUGUAGCUCGAUUAAAAUGGGACAAUGGGAUCCUUUGAUCGUCGGCUAUAGUUCUUGA